UUUGGGGGGUUUAAUUAGUGAAAAAAGAAGAACUUGACUAUUUACUAUUUUCAUUUAUCACAUUACAUAUGGCUUCCUUUAUAUCUGUAUAACUAUCAUGCCAAUUAUUAAAAGCUAUUUCUAAUGAUUUAUAUCUUUUUACGUUAACUGUCCUGGAUGGAUCAUCAUCAGGUCAAGUCCUGGGCUUUUCUAUUAUGUUUUCCUACUCUUUUGUGUGUCGGUCUUUGUCAUAAUAUACCAUCAGAUGAGGAGCACCCUUCACAAUAAUGUUUAAUCCAGUUUUUAUAUCAAACCAUCUGAUACUCGGUCUAGCAUGUGUAGUAGAAAAAUAAGCCUUUAAGUAUCAGUUCAUAUUUAAAAUCUCGACAAACUCGACAUUUACAAGUAUUUUUUGUAUUAACUCUCCAUAACUCUUGGAGCUCACGCGCUGGACUCAUAAUUUGACUAUGCGCCAACCAGUCACAUGAUAUGAUGCAUAUCGCAAGGGUUUUGUUUGUAUUGAUAUAAUGCGAUCGAAGAUCAGCAGCUGAUUCCAGGAGCGUCGAAAGCGAAAGCCGUCACCUUACAAUCUGCUUUUCCUGGAUAACCAAAAUCAGGCAAUGCUAGUAUGAUAUUUUUUAGUUGACGGAGAAAAUGGCAGUAUCAGCAAUGAAUUACCUGCAGGAACAUAUAUGGUUACCGAUACUCAUUGGGAUCGUGUCUUUCAUAGUGCUUCUUCUUCUGAUCUUCUUAGCCUACAAGUUAUACAGACGUUGCACUCGUUAUGACUAUACUCCUUUAAGAGAUGAUCUUGCCCUGCCUGAGAAACUCUCUCAAGCCAGACAAAUCCAGAGGAAUGAAGUCAGAGACGAUGCACUCCUGAAUUUCCAGUUUUACAUGCGAUCUCACAACCCGAAAUACAGCUUCAGUCAGCAUCUCCCUGAUAUGGGUAGCCGAGUGGACAAGCAUUGGUUCCUUGUCAGAGAGCAUGGAAAAUGGAAGGACUUGGUGGUAACGCAGUGCUCCAAGAGCCCUGGAUGUCCUCUUCCAUUCAGCUCCUCAAACCAGAAAACCAUCAGAGAUAUGCUGCUCGAUUUACAGCAUCCUUACAUUUGGCCUACUGCUGAUAUUGAUCUGUGGGAAGAGCAUGAGGUGGUGAUAGUGACACAAGAAUUCAACUCAAACGGUUCCCUCAAGGAUUAUAUUUACAAUGCGAAAGCAAAACUUGAUUGGUCCAACAAGUAUGGCAUGAAAUCCAGAGGUCUUGCACUGAAACAAAUCAGACUGUUUGGUCUACAAAUACUCAAGGGAGCCUUGUACCUCCAAGAGAAUGGGUUUCCUCCCCACUGUCACAUCCAAGCAGGCAAUGUCAUCAUCAAGAAAGGAGCUUGCAGGUUGUCAGGUUAUGAGAAUGUCUUCCUAGGAUACACCUCCAAGCUCUUGCCUGUCAUAAGGCGCCUGCUGAAGGAGAAGCCAGAGGCUAUUGACAGCCUCUGUAUGGGUCAUCUCCUGUAUGAGAUGGGGGCAGGGAAAGAGCUGGAGGAAGCUGUUCCGACGAGGGCACAACUCAACAGAUGUCAACAUCCAGAACUUAUACAGCUCCUAGAAUUCAUCUUUGAUGUAGCAGGCGAUUAUCCUUCUCUAUCUGAUAUAGCCGAUCACCAUUUCUUUGCUGAUGUCAAAUUGACAGAGCUGAAAAAACAUCCACCGCAGAAUAUCCACCUGACUGCAGCAAUGAAAGCUCUAAUCAAAGCAGCAAAGAAAGGCAAAGUUCUCAAAUCUCGCUCAAGGACACAUGUGAGCUCAAGGUCAUCUCUCAGAAACAAGAACAAGAGUUCAUCAAAGCGAGCACCAACAACCAACGGAGACCUAGCUAAUUCCAGUCAGAGCAAACCAUCAUCAGCACCUGCUGUCACUAUACCACCCCCUCCCCUGAUCCAGCUUGCUGUCCCUCCUCCACCAUCAGUGCCAGCACCCCCACCAGCAGUUGGAUUUGCCCAAUCCUCCAAUAACAGUAAUGCUGCAAGGGAUGUUCCAAAUACGGAAGGUAGGGGUGCUCUCUUAAGUGACAUAAAGAAGGGGAUGAAUUUGAAGAAAACGGUCACCCGUGAUAAAAGUGCUCCAAAAGUGUAAUGCCUUUUCUUAUUGAUGUUGUUAUGCCUUCCAAUGGAGUACAAAAACAGUUUUUUUUGUUAAAACUAUUGAACACAUAAUCAAUUUAGUGUUGUAAAGUAAUGCCAGACAAGUCUUCAUUUGAGAGGAAGAAAACCAACUCUAUUUUGAAAUUGAUUAUGAGGAUAUUGAUUAAAUAAAUGAUAAAAUCUAUAGAGGUAACCAUUAUGUAAUCAAUGUCAUACAUUCAAUGAAAGUGUGAUUAAAAAAAAAAUUGUACAGUUCAAAGCUGCAGCUUUAAUAUGUAAUUAUUUUUAUAUGAAAGAGUCUUCCAAUAAUUUGAUAUCAUGCACAUGUGAAUACACUGUAGGACUUUUAGGGUUGAUUUUUAUCUAAUUAUUCGCCACAGCAGUAUAUAUAUAUGUAGAUAUGUAGAUUAGUAAAUAAUGUAAGAAUAACUUGUAGCUGUAAAUAUCCUUGCUUUUAUGAAUCUAUGAUAUAAUAAUAUAAUUCGCUAAGCUUCCAUAAGACAUCGAUACUUUGAACUUAAGGUAAAGUCAAUCGCACAUGUUUUUUAAAUCACGUUUUUACUUGACUGUUAUUGUAUUUUAUAUAGAAACAACAUUGAUAACUAACCAGAUUUGAUUAUUUUUAAACAUGUCAUUUUCACCAACAGUACACUGCUGUACUAAAUGUUUAUGAAGUUUUAUUAAAAGAUUUGUAAAUGUUAAAGUUUGUUUUAAGGUUAAAAGAUUAUUAUGUAGAAUAUGCACAUCAGAUGUAAUAUGUUCACAUUUGUCAUAUUGACUUAUUGCUGUUCAUGUUUGCGAUAGAAAUAGGUAAUAAAUGAUUGAAUCCGAUAGAAAAAUGACUAAAACAAAAAAAAUUACAAUAUUGAUCAUCAUCUGUUCACAAUCACAAUAUCAUCAGGGCCCCAUCAUACAAAUUGUAAUUGACCCGUUGGUUUGAAAUCAUGUGUCAAAUAGUAAUUGGUUUCCAUCUCUUGAAUAGAAUGGAAACCCACUGACAUUGUUCUACUUCUUAAUGAUUUGAAAGUUAACAGGGUUUGAAAUUGAUUCUGCAAUAACUUUGUGUUAAUAUAUUUUAGCUGUGUACAAAUAGAACUAGACUUUCAGGCUAUUAUCUGCAAUCUGUGUGAGUUUUUAAAAAUCAAGUAUAUAAACUUGGGUUUAGAUAGAUUUUUAUAACUUUAUAUUAUCUUUGGAUGCUAACUAGCAAAAUGUGUGUUGUAUUGAUGCAUACUAGGACCAAAAUAGGUCUUUCAUGAUUCCUUUUUGUUCAUUCAUGUACUGUAGUAAUAGUUUGUAGACACAAACCCUUGUCCUUCACGUUGCUUAGCAGUGUCUGUAAUUUUAGACUGACAACAUACUGCAUAUGCUCUGUACUUCAGCUGCUAGGAACCAGGGACAUGACCACGGAAAUAAGAAAGGGGGAAGGCUUAUACCCAUUCACGAUGCACACUCUGUGGUGUCACCAUAUCAAUGGCCCAGUUCUUCACUUGAGUGAACAUGCCACCAUAUUGGUAUUCCCUCAAAGUCUUAUUUUGUGAGGGGGAUGGGAGGGGUGAUACUCAUUAAGAAAUAACAGAGGACUUUCUAAUUUGAUAAGACUUGGUGACAUUUCAUGAACAAUUUAUUCAUUAAUUCAUAUACCAUAUAUAUAUAUAUAUAUAUAUAUAUAUAUAUAUAUAUAUAUCACAAAUAACAGAGUUUUGCAACAGAAUAUCACAAGAAAACUAAUAUUUUGGGUAUGAGAGUAAAUUGACGAUGAAAUGAUGAAAUUAAUUUGAAUUUUAUCACAUAAAUUAACAUAUUCAAACAACCAAACUGGACAAAAAGAAGGAUGAGUACAUGUACUCUACCAUUCAGAAUGAGCUAUUUUUAGAAUAACGAAGUAAUGAAAAUAUUUUACAAAGAUCAGAACCACUAUUCAUGGUAAACGAAAAGAAAGUAAUCAAGGUUAGACAACAACAGAGCUACCAAGUGUCACGCAUCAAGGGUCUGAAAACGCUCUCGAGCAUGAUGUGCAUGCGCGAUUUUGAAACGUACGCUAUACCCUCGCUCGCGCGCUGAGUCAUGAAAAUGUCACGCAUAGCUGAUCAUUGAACUUGGCAUCUCUGCAACAAAGUUAUAAGUAUAUGUAAGAUGGUAAAGCAGAUAAAUGGCAAUAGAUAAAGAAAACCAAACAUACAUAUUUACAUCACCAAAGUAAUUUUGUUGUUAUUUGGUCAGAUUCAAGUUAUUGAAGUAUGUUAAAAAUUGUGAUGCUGUCAGUAAUACAGUUGACUCUGCGUCACUUGAAGCAGCAUAGGUUUGGGACCAAACUAUGCAAAACAUGUAUUAUGUACACUUUUUAAGUCAAUUUUGCAUGAGUCAAACAGAUUCCCAACAGAUUUGACUUAUGAAUAGUUAAUUGUACAUAGGAAAUAAUACACCGGCCUUCCCUUUAAUCAAUAAAAUGUACCCUGUUUUUUUAGAUUUCAUUGACUACAUGAAAUUCUUCUAAUAUAUACAGUAUACUUGUAUUUUGAUCUAUUUUUGUAUACAAUUAAGAAAGCUUGUAAGCAAAAAUUUGAAGAUAUAUUGCUUGUGCUAGUAAAUUAUUACCAAAUUUACAUUAUAACAUAUUUUAAAAGUAUUUUACUGACUUUCAAUAAGAGUAAACUUGUAUAAAAUUCUGAAAUGUUUUAACUGGACAAUCAUUACUUUGAGCUAUUGUAAUAUUUUUUUUAUAGUUAAGUGCAAUAAUUACAUGUAUUUUAGUUUUAGUUAUUGUUCUUACAAAUAAGCUUUUUCAUUUGUUGUCAUGAAGAAAUUCAUUAUUUACAUGAUUAACCAGUAAAAAAAUGAUUACUGGUAAUUCUUUCCAUUCCAUAACAUAAGAUUAACAUUGUUUCUUUCUCCACUGCAUUACAUGUAAAUUGGUAUCUAAAGCGUACCGUAGUAUGGUGCUUAACCUGCUUAGAAACAUUAGUUUUAAGCCCUACCUAAAUGUCAUUAUUAUGCCUCUAGCUGUAACUCACAAUUUAUUUAUCACUAGAUAUAUUUGGAAAAUAUUCUAGAGAGAUUUAUUGGAAAUCUUUCUUGUCUAGCCAGAUAAUAAAUAUUUCUCAUGAAAUAGUUUAAAGAAUAAAAGGACUUGCUCUGAUUUUAAGAAAGUGAAGUGUGUGACUAAGACGAUGUUGAUGCUGCAGUAAGUUUUGAUUUCUCCAAACCCACAAAAUCAAAUCUUGCUGGCAUGUAUUCAGUUGAAUAUACUUUACAGAUGAUAAAAACAAAAAUGUAUGGAUGUGCAAUUCACACCAUUAGAUACUAUUUCACUUCGGGGAAGAAAAAAACCCUUCUUAAGUGGCAAAAGGUGUAUCAAAAAGUAGAAUAGAACUUUCCCUUUGUACCUUUAACAAAUAGCAUACAUACAUAUUAUAUGACACAAGGAAUGUAUAUUUUAGGUAUUCUACUUACAAUACUAAGACAAUUUAUUUGUGUAUUUACAUAAUUAAAAUGCAAAACCAUUAUUGCAAAUGUGAUUCGAUACUCAGAUCUAUGCAUGCAAAUAUUUUGUAUAUCGAGCAGUAUUUAAUAAAUGCAAUGAUAUUAUUUAAAA